CAAAACAAACAUUCGCCAAGCUGUUUUCAAACUGCCACAAACCAUCCCUCGAUGCAGGCGCUGGUGCACCAAGCAUCGCGCUCCAUCGUCGGCAUCAAUGCUUUGUAUGCAUGCGCCAUCCUCGCAGUCUUUGCGGCCUUGUAUUUUAGUCCGGUCCUGCUGUUGGUCGUGAUCGUACUUACGUCGGUUGCGGAAUCCAUUCGGUUCGUUCGGGUACGGGACCUAUCGCGCCAUGCCGUGUCGGUGUUUGCCAAGUUCGUGUGUAUUUGGCCACUUGGCAUGGGGUCGGUCGUCGCCUUUGGCCAGCUAUCACCAACAUCCCAAGCGUCGAAUCUUUCGUGGUUCUCUGUGUUCAUCAACACUGCGGUCGUUGGCAACAUUGCCAUGAUGGGAUUCGUCGCCACUGGCGACUCGCUUCGUGGCAUCACCCACCGCAUUGCGUGCGCGAGCCUUGUCGUGUGGCUUUUGCUCGAGAUGCAAUCCAUCUCUUGGAACACAGUAUCGUAUCAAGACGGAUUUUUUCUCUUCAACGCGUCGCCGCUCGCGUGGGUCAUCGCCCAUGCGAUAUACAGAGCCGCCAUGAUGACGCUUCCGCCGUUUGACACACUUCGCUACUUGAUCUUGGAGCCGGCGAGUUUGGGACUCAUGGCUGCAUUGGCCAGUGCCAAUGGCGCCUCUGCGAGUUUGUGGUUUGGCCAAGCCGAUACCCUUGUAGCAUCGACCGUUUGCUGGACAAGUGUCCUCUUGGGGUGGUUCCGCCAGCAACCCAAAUACCCCACGAUGAGGUUACCAGAGUCCCAGCCGCUGGACAUCGGGUGCGCAGGUGUGCAUAUCGUGGUAGUGCUCAUUGCGUUGUAUCACGUGAUUCUCGGCCCCGUGUCCAAGCUCUAAAACGAUUCAUCAGCAAACUCUUCAUGAUAAAGACCAUUGUCCCACGAUUUCCUCGACACGCUGCGUUGUUACGAUGUGUCUGCGUGGUGUGCAGGGGAUAUGCGUGGUAGAAAUCCAUCUCGACGCGGCCUGAGUCAAGCAAAAACUCGUCCCGACGCUGUGAGAACUUACCAAGUGCACCCAUGUUGGUGAAAAGCCACUGGUUCAUCGAAAUGUGGCCACAACCUUCUUUCAGUGCAUGCGACGACGUGAUAUUGCCGUCCAACGCCACAACCCUCCUGGGGCUGCAUGUAUGCUCCACGUAACGAACCAUCGCUUGGACGUGAGACGACAUCUUUGCAUCUAUCGUCCUCUGUUGCGACUCUGCUCCUCACUCCCGCGGACUACCGCACAGACCGACUUCUGGAUAUGCCGUCCCUAAUUGCCGCUGCCCUCUCCAGAGCAGGCGCUCAUCCCGUUGAUGGCCUGUUGUUCGCAUGACGACGACGUGAACUCGCCGCAACAGAGUCACUUCAAAGGGCGAGGCGCUGCCAGCUGCACAGAACGAUGCCCUUUUGUGUAGACGGAGGGUCUUGGGUCCCUAGCGGUAAGCUCGUCGCUGGGGUAUUGAUCGAGGAUGAGUCUACCAGUAUUCCCAAGACCAGUUUCGCGAGAUGUGCAAUAAAAUAUCCAGGGUAGAUCGUGCUAGUAGGUGCUUCUAUAGUACACUAUAAUUAAGUGC